AUGUUCUCAGAAAGCAAGGUCAAAAAGGAGGAUUAUAAGAGGGUCAAGGGAAAAGUGAAUCCAUCCGACUUGGCUUCGGUUUCUCCUUUGGUAUUAGGAGGUGCAAUAUUGAACCAACAAUAUACCGAUGAGCCAGAAUCCAUUCCACUGGAAGACAUAAUCAGAUACGCAUUUUCGCACGGUAUAAACGCAAUUGACACCUCUCCCUAUUACGGGCCUAGUGAGGUUCUUUACGGUAGGGCAUUGGCCAAUUUAAAGGACGAAUUCCCUAGAGACACUUAUUUAAUAUGCACAAAGGUCGGGCGUAUUGGUGCGGAAGAAUUCAAUUAUUCUAGAGAUUUCGUGAGAUUUAGUGUUCACAGAUCGUGCAAAAGAUUAGGGACCACAUAUCUCGAUUUGGUGUACUUGCACGAUGUGGAGUUUGUCCCAUUCCCAGACAUUUUAGAGGCACUAAAGGAAUUGAGGAUCUUGAAGAGCGAGGGGAUUAUCAAAAAUCUCGGCAUAUCAGGCUACCCAAUCGACUUCAUAACUUGGCUUGCUGAACACUGCUCUACCAAGGAAGAUGACAUUGGCUCAUUGGACGCAGUCUUGUCGUAUUGUAACUUGAAUUUACAAAAUAAUAAGCUACUGAACUUUCGAGAAAGACUGCUGCGCAAUGCCAAGCUGAAAAUGGUUUGCAAUGCAUCCAUCUUGAGCAUGUCGCUACUAAGGUCACAAGAGACAAGGCAGUUUCACCCAUGUUCUCAUGAAUUGAGAGAAUGCGCAUCCAGGGCUGCCAAGUAUUGUCAGGACGAAAAUACCGAUUUGGCCGAUUUAGCCACGAGAUACGCGAUUUCAGAAUGGAUGGGGAAGGGCCCUGUUGUUCUUGGAGUCAGUAGCAUGGAAGAAUUGAAACUUGCUCUGGAUAAUUACGAAAUUGUGAAAUCAAACGACAACAAACUGUCUUCUAAGGACAGAGAACUAGUAAAUUUUAUCCAGAAAAAUAUUUUCAAGGAACAUUUUAAUGAAAAAUGGUCUUCAGGUAUUCCUCAUCCAGAAAUGAUUGAAUCGCCCCAAAAAAAAAGUGACAAAUUUUAA